AUGUCCAAUAGUGCUUCAGGCUCGCCGAAGUCUACUGUAUGUGUUUCGCCAGCUAAAAAUGCUGAUCAGUUGCCUGCGUUAGGCACUUCCCAAGGUUUCGCUGAUUCAAAUUCAGUUUUUCCUCCACCAGCAGGGACAAGCGACAAUGCCUCUCUGUCUGUACGAUCAAGGGUUGAGAGAUUGAGUAUCUGUGAAGGUAAUACUUCGAAGGAUGAAAUCUUAAGCAAACUAGGUCGUACUGGUUCAAAUGGGGGAAAGGAUAACAGAGAUGAUGAUGUAGUCACGGAUAUAAGCCAUUCUCAAAGCGGUUCAAAGAGAAGAAGAAGAAGGUCAAGUGCUGUACAAGGCUCAUCUCUUGAGAACUUGAAGCAUGAUAACAUCAGUGCGUCUUCUCUAGCGGUUCCUAAGAAAAAGAAAAAAUCCACUAAAGCAGUGAAUCUAUCGGUAGAAAAGAUAUCGAAACCGUUAUCCAUAAAAGACCUAAGAGAUCUAGUCCUUUUUUCCUUCAGGGAUACAAACAAUUCUCCAAACUGGCUGCAAAUUGAUAAUAGGGCUGCUUUGCAGAGGGUAGUGGUUCUUUUUGCACCUGGUUUAUUGCCCUCAGAUUUCAGCAUCGGCGCUGGAUCAGACUCAAAAAUGACAAGCUUUGCAGAAAACUUGGAGAAGCUAACAAACACACAUACACUUCCGUCUGUAUUAUUUUCUGAUCCAGCAACGUAUUGGUACAACUUACCUAUAUGCGCGCCAGGUUCGAAGAAUUCCUUGUUUUCAGCCUAUAACUCUUUCGUUAAUGUCGGUUUAAACAAGAAGGAGAAGGAAAGAAAAAGACUGCAACUAUCGAAAAAGAAAGUAGUCAUGAGUGAUUUGUUAAUGAGUAUCGAUGAUUUGAUAGAAAAUGAUUAUCCAAUUCACUUGGAUUCACCAGGUCUAAUAGAAGAGUUCAAGGAAACAUUGGAAAAAUUAUACUCGUCCCCUUAUUAUUCAGAGUGGACGGACACCAAGACUAUUGACCGUGAUGGCCCUCGAACAUUUGCAAUAGAUUGUGAAAUGUGUAUGUCAGAAAACGGACAUGUUCUAACCCGAUGCAGUAUUGUAAAUUUCGACGGUGAUCUCAUUUAUGAUAAAUUGGUGAAGCCUGAUGUUCCAAUUAUAGAUUAUUUGACCAAGUACAGCGGAAUAACCGAAGAAAAACUACGCGACGUUACUACUACAUUGAAGGAUGUACAGGAGGAUCUUCUCAAUAUCAUUAGCUCAAAGGAUGUAUUAAUUGGACAUUCGUUGCAGUCGGACCUUAACGUUUUAAAGCUAAGACAUCCCAAUAUCGUUGACACGGCAGUUAUUUACGAGCACAAAGCAGGUCCUCCAUUCAGACCAGCCCUAAGGUAUUUGGCCUCGGAAUAUUUGAAUGUUGAUAUUCAAAAAGAUACAGGCUUGGGCCAUGAUUCUUAUGAAGACGCUAAAACAUGCAUGGAACUGACCAAGCUGAAGAUCGUAAACGGAUUGACGUUUGGCAUUGGUUUUAAUACAGAAAACCUUUUCCAUAGGCUUUCACGAAAUGGAAUAUCUUCUAUGAUUUUAAACGAUUCAGCUUCAAAGCAAAGCAAUGUACUUAAGAUUGAAAAUCAUGAAGUGCAUGUUAGAUGUAAAGACGACCAGAUGGUUGCUGAUGAAAUAUGCGAGCACAUCAAUGAACAUAACCUUUUCGUCGGAAGACUCAGAGAGCUAGAAUAUGCUCGUGAAUUUGCCGCAUGCAAUAACCGUGACACUGAAGUUCUAACUGAGGAGCUAGCAUUGGAAAACAUGGGGAAAAGAAUUACAAAGAUCUAUGAAAAUCUACCUUCAUCAGCUAUGCUACUAAUCUGUUCAGGUACUGGUGAUACAAGAGAAUGGAUCAAAAUAAUGAGUGAGUUGAACAAACUUGAUAAGGAAGACCGUGCAGUGGAAAAAUCCAAACGUGAAGCAGAAAUACAGGCUUCGAUUAAAACCGCUCGCGAUGCCAUCUCAUUUAUGACUAUCAAAACCAACAACGUGAAUAAUGAAAGCCAAUAG